AUGGGUUCUUGCGCUCCAAGUCGAGGACCGUUUCAGGGAAAGGUUGCCAUCGUCACAGGAGGAUCGAGAGGCAUUGGGGCGGCUGUUGUGAGAAGUCUGGCAGCCCGAGGCGCGGACGUCUGUUUCAACUAUACAUCAGAGUCGUCCAUCACCAAGAGCGAGACCUUGGUGGCAGACAUACAGGCAGAGUACGGCACGAGGGUUGUCUGCGUUCGAGCCGACCUUGGACAACCAGACGCCGGGGACAAAAUCGUCGAAGCCGCCAGAAGGUCUCUCACCCCGCCAGAGGGCGGUCGGUUCCAAAUCGACAUUGUCGUCAACAACGCGGGAGUCUGUCCGGCGGAUCUCCUGCCGGAUAUCACCAUAAAGAGCUUCCAUGAUUCCUAUGCCAUCAAUGUACUGGGACCCAUCCUCGUCAUGCAGGCAGCUCUACCGUACCUCCCCCAUGACCGAUCCGGGCGCGUCAUCAACAUCUCUUCCAUCUCGGCCACCAUCGGCACACUCGGACACACCGUCUACGGAGGCACGAAAGCCGCACUCGACGCCAUGACGAGAACGUGGUCGCGCGAACUGGCCGAGCGAGCGACCGUCAACGCCCUCAACGUGGGCCCCGUGCUGACCGACAUGCAACCCGUCCCGUACGUGGCGGAAAAGGUGGCCCUCAUGAACACGAUGACACCGUUGGGGCCGAUCCGCGACACGGACACUGACGAGAUGAAGGCCGUUGCAAAGUCGUUCAAUGGUCGCGUCGCCUAUGAUUACGAGAUUGGGGACGCUGUGGCCCUGCACUGUAUGCCUGAGGCGCGAUGGACGACGGGCAUGAUCAUCGGCGUGAACGGUGGGUUUGACUUUAUCCGAAGUGCCACAAAGCGUAAGGAUUUGGGCCUUCUGGUGUCCAGGUUGAAUGGCUUGGAGGCUCUUGUCGCCGAGCAGCGUGCUCUCAUGAUCAACUACGAUGUCCCCGGUCACUCUGCGUCGACCGACCCAUUGCAGCCUUUUCUCCCCUCGACGACCGGAAUACUACAGGAUCCUGAAGGGGACCAGGAUCAACCUCAGCAUGUACCUCAGAACCAGAGUGAAGAUGGACUCCCAAAUGAUACAAUUGCUCAACUGGAUCAGAUCGGCUUUGCCGUCAGCAGGCCGUCCGAGGCCAGUCCGGACUGGGCAUACUUGAAUUUUGCUGCAGACGACUACUCCUUCGAGACCGACCAGAUGGACUUUCCCGCCCCGAGUAUAUCCACCGACGAAGAGUCCUCGCCGUCCACGAUGAUUGUGGCCCCGUCCCCGGAAGAUGUGUCUUCUGAAGAGGGCGAGGACCCAGACUCUGCGCUGACCCAGGAGCUCUCAACUCGAAUGGGCCGACUUCAAAUGGCCGAGGACGGCAAUCUGCGCUACUACGGUGCGACGAGCAACAUGCAUCUAUUGCGGAACGGACUGCAGUCGCUCUUCAAGCCCUUUACCCAGUCGGUCCGAGCUAACGGGCAGGACGCCCUCGUACGAGCUGGUCUCGCUUGGGCCUGCCAUCCAGCCUACGAGCAGCACUUGACCGACGUUUUCUUCACCUGGCACGCUCCGUUGUUGAAUGAGGUAGACCAGGAAGUAUACUUGAGGGAAAAGCAGCGUUAUGAGGCGGGCAUCAACACGCCGUUCUUUUCUCCAACACUUCAGGACGCCAUAUACUGCGUUGCCACCACAUAUGCGACGUGGACACCUCCGACCAUCAAAGGCGACCCAGCGCAGUUCUUCGCCCGUCGAACCAAAGUGUUGCUCGACAUCGAGAUGGACUGUCCAGCCAUGGCGACCGUCCAAGCCAUCCUAGUCAUCUCAUCAUACGAGGCUUCCAGUGGUCGAGAUUCACGUGGGUGGAUGUACUCGGGCCAGGCAGUUCAGAUGGUCACCGAUCUUGGUCUACAUUUGAAUCUCGAGAUGGAGACGGACGACGACGAGGCCAAGGACGAGCUUGUGAGGCUGCGGCGCGCCAUUUUCUGGAGCGUCUAUUCCGUCGACACGCUUUGGAGCUCCUACAUUGGACGACCUAGUUUGAUGCACAAGCUCGAAAGCAACGUGCCACUUCCAGAGAUCAAACUGAAUCAAAUGCACGGGUUGGGUUGCUUCUCCGCAAACCAGAAUGCCGCCAUUACCUAUGUUCCUCGAUACAUGGCCGAAUUGACCAUGAAAAUCGGCAAAAUCACAGAUACAUUAUAUACCGGGAAACGGAUCUGCGCUGAAGAGGCUCGUGUUUUCGUCGAUUCCAUGUCCCAGGAGUUGGUGGAGUGGAAGCAAUGCCUCCCACAGCUCCUACAAGUUGACACCAGCUCGAUCAUGAUUGCAGGGUCUACGAGUGACGAAUAUGCGCCCGCGGCGGUGUUGCAACUCUUAAUGUUGUAUUAUCAAGCCGUCAUUCUCCUCCACCGACCAUUUCUCGGCGAGUCGCGGGGGUUUAAUGCAGAUGGCAUGUCCCCUCCGUCAUCGUCCUCGACCGACAUCAGCGGCACAUUGCCAGGAAAUGCUCCCUUCGCUCGACGACUGUCCCAGUCCCUGCCCCUGCCAGUUGGUCAUCGGUCGUCGCACGCCUUCAACUGCACCACGUCGGCGACGCAGAUUUGCAAACUGACCAUCCUGUUCCGGCAGCUCUUCACGCUCCGCCACGCCCACGCCGAGACGACGCACAUCCUCGUCACCGCGGGCCUGAUCCACGCGUACAACUGCUGCAUCUUCUCAGGCUCAAAAUGCCAGGAGGCGCAGAAGCUGCUGCUGAUCUGCAUCCAGGCACUGUCCGACAUGGGCCAGAUGUUUGUCAGCGCGAAUCGGGGGCUGGAGGUCCUGUUGUCGCUCAAGCGGAAAUGGCAGAACAAGGACUCGGUCUCCAGGGUGCGCAAGUGA